GGGUUAACUUUUAUAGCAGUGAAAGAGAGACUUCAUAAAUAUAUAUUUUUUGUGUUUCCAUUUGCAAUGGGAAAAAGAGGAAAAAAUAGAGAGCGAUUGAUAACGGCAGUCAAAAGAGAGAAAGAUGCAAUUUUUUACCGUCACUCCCAUAGCCGCUGUAUUACAAACACCCUCAUAACAGCACUAUUUUUUUUUUGUAAUUUGAUUCAAAGGUAAUAUAAUACAAUGUAUAGUGUUAUAAAAGUACAUACAUUAAAAAAAAAAAAUUAAAAUAUAAAAAACUUUGCAGGAUUUACGAUAUUGAUAACCGUUAAAACGCGUCAUCACAGUCUGUAAGUAGUAUGCAUGCUAGUACACUAUUUAAAAAAGUAACCGUCAACCACCCCUUCCUCCGCCUGUCAGUUUUACUCUCUUCAAUUUCGGGAGGAAAAAACGCGAACAUGGAAAGUGAUUCUUCACACAAAGAACAUUCGAAAGACUCGACAAUUCCCAAUAGUGUUUGGAAACUGCGACGCUACGGUCGAUUUCUCCCGAAAGGAAAAGCAAAAUCCAAGUCCUCAGGUAGUAACUGCGCCUGGAAGAUUUUCGAGUCCAGUGAAAGCUUUGGCCAGCUGGAGCUCAAUAUUCUGGGCUCUGGUCAUCUGCUAGUAUCUCAAGGCCAGGAACUCUUGGAGGGUUUCUCUUUGCUCAAUGCACAGAGCUUCCUGAAGAUCCAGCACAAAUCAGACAGUCUGCUGUUCAACAUUACAAUAAAGGGUGAGAGCCGUUUGAUCAGACUGCAGUUUGGUGGCAGUAGUCAGGCAGAAGCGGUGGAUUUCUGCAGUAAAGCUGUGGAGAAGCUGCAGGAUUAUGUUCCUGUCCAGGAGCAUCUGACCACACCUGCUUCUGCUGCACCUUCUGAUCCUGAAGAACCCGGAACAUCUGCACAGCAGCAGAAGGCUCCUGAAGAUGCACCACAGGCGGCCCCUGUCGUUGCCAUGGGACCGCUGUCAAUCAAACACCUUUCUCAGUACUUCCUGGGCGAGUGUGAGCUGUCCCUGCCGAUGGCGUAUCAUCAGUGCACGCUGCCCUCUGGAGACCUGGAGGCACUACUGCGCCUCUGUCUGCUUGAUGCUGGCUUUCCUGCUUUCGUAGAGGAAGUCGAGAACAAGCUAAAGGAGCUAAUGCAAGAAUGAGGUAGAGCUGAGCUCACAAACUCAGUGCUGUGAUCGUUAACUAAAACUAUUAAAAAUCAUUUCAUUAACUGAAAUAAAUCUGAAAAAAAGAAAAUAUAUUAAUUAAAAAAAUACUUGUAAAAAUGUAAUAAAUUAAGUUGUAUUAAAAUUACUGAAACAAAAUGAUUUGCACU